GUGGUGGUGGUGGUGGUGGUCUGCCAGUUAACAAGAGGAGGAAGAAGAGGAGGAGGAGGAGGAGGAGGAGGAGGAAGAAGAAGAAGAGGAAGAGGAAGAAGAGGAGGAACCAUGCAGCAUUAUAAAGACAUGUUCAUUGACCUUAUGGGAGGAACAAUGGGCGGCGCUGCGUGUGUGUACGUGGGGCAGCCUUUGGACACAGUGAAGGUAAAGAUGCAGACCUUUCCCUCACUGUACCAGGGCAUGGCUCAGUGCUUCACCCACACACUCAAGAGGGACGGACUGAGGGGUCUCUACGCUGGCACUGUUCCCGCUCUUGCUGCUAAUAUCGCUGAGAAUUCCGUCCUUUUUGCCUGCUAUGGGGUGUGUCAGAAGGCCGUGGCGUGGGCGACAGGGGCUAAGCGCGUAGAGGACCUGUCGGCCCUAAGCAACGCCACAGCAGGGUUCUUUGCAGCAUUUUUCUCCUCCCUGACGCUGUGUCCCACGGAGUUAGUGAAGUGUCGACUGCAGGCUAUGAGAGAGCUGGCACUGGCUGAACAGAGGGAGCCUGAGCGUAUAGGACCUCUGAAAUUGACAAGAAGGAUUUUACAACAAGAAGGUAUCGCAGGAUUGUUCCGAGGUUUGACGUCGACUUUGCGAGAAAUGCCGGGCUAUUUCUUCUUCUUGGGGUACGAGGCUUCCCGCGCCCUCCUCACCCCCCCAGGGAAGACUAAAGAGGAGAUCGGCUUCACCCGCACCCUGUUCUGUGGCGGUGUGGCGGGUGUGGUGCUGUGGGUGGCUAUAUUCCCAGCGGAUGUGGCAAAAUCGCGGAUACAGGUGGCUGGAUCCAAGGAAGCAAUGAGAACUGUGGUCAUGGAUAUUGUCAGGAAGGAAGGGUUCUCAGCACUGUACAAUGGGUUGGGUCCGACAGUUCUGCGCACCUUCCCUGCCACUGGAGCCCUCUUUGUGGCCUAUGAGGGGACCAAACAGCUGCUGCAUGGAGCUUUGGACUGAAGGGGCUGUGUUGGGACUGAAGGGGCUGUUUGGGGACUGAAGGGGCUGUUUGGGGACUUAAGACUGCUGUGGACUGAAGGGGCUGUGUUGGGACUGAAGGGGCUGUUUGGGGACUCAAGACUGCUGUAGACUGAAGGGGCUGUUUGGGGACUUAAGACUACUGUGGACUGAAGGGGCUGUUUGGGGACUCAAGACUGCUGUGGACUGAAGGGGCUGUGUUGGGACUGAAGACUGCUGUGGACUGAAGGGGCUGUUUUGGGAGUGAAGGGGCUGGUUUGGGAGGGGAAGGGUUGGGGUGGGGAGGUUGAAGGGGUUGUGUUUAAUGUCCCAAUGUGCCCCUUCAAUGCCCCAUCAAUGCCUAGUCACGCUCUAUCUCGCUCAUAAUGGUGCCUUAUCAACACCACCCAAAGAGGAUCCAAUGCCUUAUCACCUGCAACUCUCUAUUCUAUUUUAUUUAUUUAUUUAUUUAUUUAUUAUUAUUAUUUUUCAAUACCAUGUUGGGUGUUGACCGGGAUUUAUGGGCACUUAUCUCAAAGCACACCCGUUACCCUGAGUGAGAAGCCCUCCAACACUCUGACCGUGGACAGGAUGCGAACUGGUGUGCUUGGAGACUCCUUGAAGCUCUAAAUGGGUUCGUUUUCUGGCACCUCAUAUCUCAAAGCACACCCGAUAGUAAACCAUUGCCCGGAGUGAGAAAGCCCCUCCAACACUCUGACCGUGGACAGGGUUGGAACGGGUGCACUUAUAGACCUCUUGAAUCUCUAAACGGGUUCGUCUUGUGGCAUCUCCUAUCUCAAAGCACACCCGAUAAGAAACCAUUGCCCAUGUGAGGAAGCCCCUCCUUCACUCUGACCGUG